AUGUUUAAAUUUGCAUGCAUUUUCGCCACCCUGUGCUUGUUAUCGGUUGCCAGUGCUGGUUUGAUAACUACUCAUCAUGUUGUACAUGAACCCGCUUUAGCCAAAGUUGGGCACAUAGUUCAUUCUUCGCCCUCGGCUGUUUCUCAUCAGAGUAUUACUCAGGUCCAUAGUAAAACUUCAGUAGUUGAACCUCUUUUGACUCCUGUUGUUAAGACUACCAUUCAUAGUGCUCCCGUGGUGCAUGCACCAGUUGUUCAUACUUAUCAUUCGGCUCCUGUUGUUCACUCAGUUCCGGUCGUGCACUCAUCACCUUUGGUUACAGUUCAUCAUUAAAUGA